AUGCUCACAAAAGAGAAGACACUGCAAAUGUCCAAAGAAAAAGUCAAAGUAGAACAGCAACAGCGGGAAUGGGAAUCAGCUUUGUCAAGUAAAGACAGAGAAAUAGAAAACCUCAAAAAGCAACUUGAUAGGACCAAUGAAGAAUUGAAAAAAAUAAAGCAGGAGAGAAAAAAUGAACAAAUGUUUACAAAAGAGAAGACUCUGGAAAUAUCAAGAGAAAAAGUCAAAGUAGAACAGCAACAGCGAGAAUGGGAAUCAGCUUUGUCAAGUAAAGACAGAGAAAUAGAAAACCUCACAAAGCAACUUGAUAGAGCCAACGAACAAUUGAAAAGAAUAAAGCAGGAGAUAAAUAAUGAACAAAUGCUCACAAAAGAGAAGACACUGGAAAUGUCCAAAGAAAAAGUCAAAGUAGAACAGCAGCAGCGGGAAUGGGAAUCAGCUUUGUCAAGUAAAGACAGAGAAAUAGCAAACCUCACAAAGCAACUUGAUAGGAUUAAUGAACGGGAAGUAAAAAAUACCGCAGCGAAGGAAAACAAGGAACAACUACAAAGCAUUAUAGAAAGACUUGAAAAAGAGAAUUCCUCUCUUUGUAUGCAGUUAGAAAAAUUAAAUGACAGGCUUAUAGAAACAGAGGAAAAUCUUGAACACCACAAAGAAGAGAAAAUUAGCACGGAAGAGCAGUACUGGUUUAUAGAAAACAAAAUUAAAGAGAAAGAUACAUUAAUUGCAACAUUAGAGGAACGUCUUAAAAGAUCAGAGGCAAAGCUUGAAACUCUUAUGGUAGCCUUAGAAGAAGAAAGAAACAAAGUAUUACUUACAGAAGAUAAAAGGAAGAAAGACGAUAAUGUCAUUACUUCUUUACAAUCACGACUGGAAGAGUUAAGAACUGGAUAUAAUACAAUAAAGACGGAAAAGGAGAACACAGAGAAAAGAUGUCUUGAUUUGAGCAGAGAUAUAAAGAGUAAAGAAAAAGAAAUCGACAAUUUUAAGCAACAACUAGACAGGUUUGAUGAACUGACAAAAGAGUGUAAAGAUCUGCGAAGAGACAAGCAGAAUAUGGAUAAUAAAGUCCUCAGAAUGUCCAAACACAUUCAAGAGAAGGAAAAAGAAGCAGAGUGUUUGGCUGAAAAACUUGCGAGAUCAGAGGAAAAAGUUGUCCUUCUGUCAAACGAAAUCCAGAAUCUUCAACAAACAAAAAAGCGUGGAAAUGAGGAGAGUAUGCAGAAACUUCAGAGAGAAAACACCUCUCUUAAAACAGAAUUGGAUCGAAUUACUACCAAGGCUCAUGAACAAAUUUCCGUCCUAAAUAAAGAAAUAAAAAAUCUGCAGAAACCAAAGGGAUUGGAUUCUGAUGAAGGUAUGAAGAAACUUCAUCGAGAAAAUACUAAUCUGAAAUCUGACUUGGAACGAGUAUCUUCAAGCUUGGAUCAACUAAGAAGAGAUUAUACGGAAGUUAAACGAGAAAAGGACCAUGCUUUAAACAGGUUAAGUUCAGUGGCUGGAGAAAAACUGAGAGACAACAACCCUGGCAUAGCUGAUUUAAGUGACGAAAACAGACCAAUUAAUCUCGGUGAGAAAUUCAGUCAACUUUAUGAUGAUCAAUGGACCGACGCUAUGGAAAACCUAGAAGAAAAUUUAAGAUUCGGUGAAACGGAGGGCAUUCAGUGUCUUCUUAGCAUAUUAAAGAGAAUUUUCGACGAGUGUAUCAGAAUUUCGGACGAUCAGUUUGCUCAGUUAAAAGAGAUUACUGGUACCACGAAUUUACCUAGCGAUCAGUUAAAGAAGUUGAAGGACCUACGCAAAUCUACAGCCCUACAAUCGGUUAAAAAUGUCAAACAACGUGUGAACACGGUUAUGGCGAGUGUCUUCAGUAAGGAGAAGGACGCUUGUCAGUCUUACAUUGAUCGGUGUACAGAGCUGUGUUGGUUGAUGAGCGUACAAGAUCCACCGGUUGUGAUUGACUUUACUGCUGUCCGUGGACAGGUAGUUGACGAUAAAAUGCUCCGGAAGUUCACAAAGACCGGAUCUAAGAUCGACUUCCUGGUCUGGCCAAUGAUACGUCUACACAAAAAUGGACCACUAUUACAAAAAGGGGUCGUGCAGCCUCUUUAAAUUUCGUUCUGUUUCGUAAAGUGUACAUCGAGUGAUUUCUUGAAUGACCAUGCAUGUUUGAAGCAUAGUGAUAUUGUAGGAAGUCUUAAAAUG